GCCUUGUGUAUACAAUCUUGGCAUUUUGUACCAUUCAGGAAUUUCCCCUUGACCGUGUGAAGGUUAUUGUAUGAAAGGAGGACGAGAGUGGGGGUGUUGUGCUUUAGUUCAAAUUCUAUGGAUCAAGAGUUGCCACCCACACCACUCCCUCUCCACCACUCCCCCUUCUCUCUAGUCAUAGUCAGACACAAGCAGACUGGUUGAGUGGCAACACACUACGAGAGGGGGGAAAAUAUCUGUAGAAUUGAAUGAGCUGUUUUAAGGGAGCCCUAGCUAGUCUCCCCCUCUGAGCCCGGGAAGUAGUGGAAAACGUGAGAAACGCUGCGCCUAUUCUCCGAGUAGUUCUGAAACGAGCACGAGGGGUAAAGACCGCAUCUCUAAAAACGACUUCCUUCAAACCCCUGGAACUGUGACUGUCCUGAGGAGAACACUCCCCUCACACACUCCCCAACUGACCGUGGAGGCGUGAGAAGAGCCGUGGAGAGGAGCAGCUGACGCGAAACAGACGAAGCACAACAAGGAAGAGACUAAAAAGGAGAGGGGGAGGAGAAGAUGGAGGCCUUGAUUCCUGUGUUGCAGCGACACCCUGGAAUGUCUGUGUUGGUGUGGGCUCUGAUGUUCCGGGUGGCCCACCGACUACUACAGAAUCUGCCUGUGCCCAAAGCGGUAGCGGUGGAUGACUUCCGCUCCUGGAAGUGGAGGAACCUCUCGGUCUCUAUGGUCCACUCCCUCCUGACAGGGACUUGGGCUGUGACCUGUGUGAUCAUUUCGCCUGAGUUGGCAACCAACAUUCACUCCUUCUACACGGCCCCGGCCUACAUGCUCAUCUGCAUCUCAUCAGGAUACUUUGUACAAGAUGCAGGUGACAUCAUUCUAACUGGACAUGCAAGAGGAUCCUGGGAGUUCUUAAUUCAUCAUGUUCUGGUGCUCUGGUGCUUCCUGUAUUCUCUGUACUCGCACCUCUACGUGGCCGGUGCUGUGGUGGCUCUCUUUGUGGAGGUUAACAGUGUCACCCUGCAUUUGAGGCUAAUGCUGAAGCUAGCAUCACAGCAGUCAUCCCCUCUGUACCAAAUCAAUAAGUUCCUCAACCUCUUCACCUACAUCGUCUUCCGCCUCAGCGCACAGUUCUACCUCACAUAUUACAUUGUCCAGAACUACUCCUGGAUGGACAAAGGAGGCUACUUCCUUGUUACUAUGACUCUCAUGAACACCAUGAUCCUGAUCUACUUUUAUCGUCUUCUCCGCGCCGACUUCUUCCCCCGGAGCAGGGCUCACAUGGAGCAAAAUGGCACCCACAACAACGUCAAAAAGUUCCUCACUGAAUGACACCGAUAGUGACAUGAUCGUAUACCAGAUGUUGUGUUUGGUGUGUUUGUUCGGUUACACAUCUCAUCACAUUGUGUCAAGCUGUGACUUCAUUAUUAUUAUUAUUAUUAUAACAACAAAAAAGCUCUCAAAGGCUUGUGUUGUUGUGAGAGGCGGCCAGGAAAGGAUGUGGACAGUGGUACAUGCCCUAUAGUGAUGAUUAUGCCCACUGUGGCUGAAGAUCCCUCACUCACACUAACUGGGCAGCAUACAGUGAGAGACUGGUCUGUUCACACUGACUGGGAGAAUCCUACUAAAUUACUUCCAGGAUACUGUGCCACUUUUGCUUCUGAUCAUAGCUAAUACAAUUGUUAACAAUAUAGGAAUUUACAUGAUUCAUGUAGAAUGCUCUUUUACAGAAGAAAUGCUAGCAAUCAUACAUGCAUACAGUAGAGAAACAAACUGCCAAGGAUAACCGGGACCACCUUGGUUGCUGUACAUCCCACCCCACAAAUUCUGUCAGGUGUGGCUUAGCAACAUAGUUUUAUUGAAAUUUCCACUAAUAGGAUUUUGUAAAUGUACUAUAAUACAAUCAAUAUCUGACACCAACAAACUGUCAGACAAUACAUCUGUUUCACUUUCAUUCUUCCCUGUUUGGUCUCAAAAGGUCAACACCAAUACAUGAGUGACUGGCAUUCUUACAACAGCGACCAUUCUUUUCAUUCCAUAAAUCUAACGUAGUGAAAUGCAUGUAUCCCCUGGAAAGUAGCUGAAUGUACAGCCAGGUCAUUUUUAAUUUAUUUAUUGAGGUUACAAGAAUUGCUUCUCCAAGUUAUUUAUCAAAGUGAACCAAACCGAAACGGACAGGUCCAGAGGAUGGGUUAGCCAUAGUAGUGCCUAUACCGCAGUUCCUUCGCAACAAUUUUCCCUGGAUAGCCCCCAUAGUAUGUCUAUAGACAGUGUUUGGGAAGCUACUCAGCAAAAAAAAAAAAAAGCUUCUUCUCACUGUCGACUGCGUUUAUUUUCAGGAAAAUUAA